AAGAAGGCAAAAAGGACUAUCCGUGUCCCGCCCACCUUGCUUCAUAUCCGCAAGUCUGCAGCUGAAUGGACUUCACCGUCCCAUAUCGUUCUUCUAUUGCUUAUCUGCGCUAUUACGCUAGAGGGCGCUGUUUGUAAUCUAUGGUUCAGUGGCGGGCAGUCCUCCAAUGUCCCGGCAUGCCCUGCGCUCCCUGUCAUGGCGCUGCUCAUGUUGCUCACUCUGCCCCGAAAGAGGCCGACAGUGCUGUACCAGUGCAAGCGAACACUAAGUUGCUGGUAUUCGCCGGAGCGAGGGAGCAAAGCACUGAGAGACCCGGCACAUUGGCGCCAAAGUAAGGUUCUGCACAGACUCCCAGGGAAGACUGCAUGGCAGGUUAUAAGGAAGGACAAUUCAAGGCAUUUUUUAGAUGCCGCAAAGGUGCUCUCUGGAUGGCAAUCAACACAAAUACGGACAUGCUGGCAUGGGAACGCAGGGGGCAAUCUUCACACAGAUCCCAAACAAGGGCUAAAAGAAGUGGAUUCCAAGAAAAUAUUAAAAGCCAUGUUUUCCUAUGUUUGGCCCAAAGACAGACCUGAUUUACGAGCAAGAGUUGCAAUAUCCCUUGGGCUUCUAGCAGGUGCAAAGGGUAUGAACAUUGUGGUGCCCUUCAUGUUUAAAUAUGCAGUAGACAGCCUAAAUGAGAUGUCUGGGAAUGUGAUGAACCUAAGUAAUGCACCGAAUACUGUCGCAACCAUGGCUACAGCUGUCCUGAUUGGCUAUGGUGUAUCCAGGGCUGGCUCAGCUCUUUUUAACGAAAUGAGGAAUGCAGUAUUUGGAAAAGUGGCUCAGAGCUCCAUUAGAAGGAUCGCAAAAAAUGUCUUCUUGCAUCUGCACAACCUGGACCUGGGGUUUCACCUAAGCAGGCAGACGGGGGCUCUGUCCAAAGCUAUAGACCGGGGGACAAGGGGCAUCAGCUUUGUAUUAAGUGCCUUGGUGUUUAACUUGGGGCCCACAAUGUUCGAGGUUCUUCUAGUGAGCAGUAUCUUGUACUAUAAAUGCGGUGCCCAGUUUGCACUGGCGACUUUGGGAACACUUGGCGCAUACACUGCAUUUACCAUAGGAAUCACGCAGUGGAGGACAAAGUUUAGAAUAGAAAUGAACAAAGCUGAUAAUGAAGCUGGGAAUGCUGCAAUAGAUUCAUUGCUAAAUUAUGAAACAGUUAAGUACUUUAACAAUGAAAAGUAUGAAGCUGAAAGGUAUGAUGGGUUCCUGAAGACUUAUGAAAAUUCUUCCCUGAAGACUACCUCAACUCUCGCCUUGCUGAACUUUGGACAGAGUGCAAUAUUCAGUGUUGGAUUGACAGCAAUAAUGGUGCUUGCAAGCCAAGGGAUUCUAGCAGGAAACCUAACAAUUGGAGACCUGGUCAUGGUAAAUGGGCUGCUGUUCCAGCUCUCGCUGCCCUUGAACUUCCUGGGUACUGUGUACAGAGAGACUAGACAAGCUCUGAUUGAUAUGAACACUCUCUUCACCCUUCUGAGUGUGGAUACCAAAAUAAAAAAUAAAGAAAUGGCUCCACCUCUGCUGAUCACCCCUCAGGCUGCCACCAUAACCUUUGAGGAUGUUUAUUUUGAGUACCUGGAGGGGCAGAAGGUCCUGAAUGGUGUGUCAUUUGAAGUGCCUGCUGGGAAAAAAAUAGCAGUUGUUGGAGGCAGUGGAUCAGGUAAGAGCACCUUGGUCCGACUGUUAUUCCGUUUCUUUGAGCCCCAGAGGGGAAAUAUUUACGUGGCUGGACAAAAUAUUAAGGAUGUCAGCCUGGAGAGUCUAAGAAAAGCAAUUGGUGUUGUCCCACAGGAUGCUGUUUUAUUCCACAACACCUUGUACUAUAAUUUGCACUAUGGCAACAUCAAUGCCAGCCCUGAAGAGGUGUACCAUGUAGCAAAGUUGGCAGGACUGCACGAUGCCAUCCUUCGGAUGCCUCAUGGCUACAAUACCCAAGUUGGAGAACGAGGUCUCAAACUUUCAGGCGGUGAGAAGCAACGAGUAGCCAUCGCCCGAGCAAUGUUGAAAAACCCACCAAUAAUUCUGUAUGACGAAGCCACUUCUUCCUUGGAUUCAAUCACUGAGGAGACCAUCCUAAGCUCAAUGCGGGAUAUUGUAAAGCACCGAACCUCAGUAUUUAUUGCACACAGGCUUUCCACCAUUGUGGAUGCAGAUGAAAUAAUUGUACUUGAUGAGGGUAAAGUGGCAGAGAGAGGGACACACUUCGGGCUCCUAGCCAACCCUAGCAGCCUUUAUUCAGAACUGUGGCACACACAAAGUAACAGAGUGCUGAACAGCCAGAGCAGCAGGGCCACAGAGAAGAGUGCCCAGGAGAUAUCUAAAGAAGAAGAGCGAAAGAAACUUCAAGAAGAAAUAAUCAACAGUGUAAAGGGCUGCGGGAACUGCUCCUGCUGACCAAGGAUAAUGGCUGACUGAGCAGUGGCAUUGUGGGAAGUGGGGAUCCAAGGAUCAAUGAUAAAACUGUGUAUUCAAUUCCACAGUUUUCUUUUACAUUUAUCCAGUCAUUGUCUCACAGCAUCCUUUGUCUUAUUUUCCUCCCAGUUUUUCUUUUCCUGCUUAAUUGGUUCUCCUUUCAUAUUUUUUCUUCCUUAUUCUUUGUUUCCAGUGCUUCUUAAAACACAGCCUCCUUUUUAUAAGUUUUGCUUCUGGAUACUUUUAGGAUGGUGAUAAAAUGUAAAAUCAUUGGUCUGCUUCAAAAUCAGAGCAUAACCAAAACAAAGGAGAAAAUGAUUGUGUUUACAGUAGCAUGGGAUCCCCAACUAUCCUUGCUUAUGGUCUAGAUCAGUGCUGUCCAACUAUUUCCAUAUAGUUAACCAUUAAUAUUCGUGUUUGGUGACCAGAUAUAAUACAUUAAUUUCCUCAAAAGAGGUUAGAGUUCUUCAGCUGUUUAAGGGCCAUAAAUUUUUCUUGGAGGGAUACAUCUGACUCACAUGCUUCCAGUUGGACAACUGUGGUCUAAACCAUCUCUCCCCCCCCCUCCUCAUAAGUAUUUACUCCACACUUCAGACAGUGUUGUGAGAGAACAGCUAACACUGGACAUGGUAACAGUUUUGAAACUGUUUUAGGUACCACCUUUGUUGCUAGAUCGGGAUGAUCAGAUUGGCUAACAAGAGGGUCACAGUGGGGUCUCUUACUUAGAAGAGAGAGGAUCACAUCAAUGCACCAAUGUGGCCUUCACCUUAUGGCAGAGAUCUCCAACCUUUUUUUACCCGUGAGCCACUCAAAUGUGAAAAGAGUCAAGGAGCAACAAAAGCAUAAGAAAAGUUUUUGGGGAGCCAAUUAUGGGUCCGGGAAUGGCUAUCUGGCAGCUUGCAGGAGGUUCUAUUUAUCAGUAAACCUGUUUUUUAGGCAACCAAAACUUGCUGUCAAGCCAAGAAUUCAAAAAAAGGAACCUGUUUUGAGGCCACUGGGAGCAACAUCCAAGGGACUGAGGAGCAAUAUGUUGCUUACAAGACACUGGUUGGGGAUCAAUGCCUUAUGGUAUUUUCAAACCUGCCCAGUCAGUAUCUGGCAGGUUUUUAGAGAAAUAUUAAUCGUUCAGGAUCUCCUAGGCACCCCAUGCACAUAAAAUAAGCUUCCAAGUUAGUCUAAAGGGGACAAAGUGGGCAGGUUUUAUUGGCCUAUGUAUGGCUAGCUUAAGUCAAUUAAUCAGGCAGGAUUGGAAGCUGCACGAGUCUGACCCUUUUUACAAUUGCAUGAACAAUACCAUCUGGUGUGUUGGCCCAACUACUCCAGCUGUGUUUGUCCCUUAAAACACCGCAAAAGCAGGUCUCUGCACCUUUUAUGCCAACCAAACAAACUAGUUUAAAUAUUAUUAUUGUAAAUAAGAUAUUUUAUCCUAUUAUACACAGGGACAUUUUGUUAAACGUAGUUCACUUUGAUUUCUGGUACAGGAAAGUUCCGAAUUACGGAAAGGCCAUGUCCCAUAGACUCGAUGUUAAGGAAAUAAUUCAUAUUUUUUUUUAAAAAAAUGUUCUUUUCCUCUCUUAUUAUAAAACAAUACCUUGUACUUGAUCCUAACUAAGAUAUAAUUAAUCCUUAUUGGUAGCAAAACAAUCCUGUUGGGUUUAUUUAAUGUUUAAAUUAUUUCCUUAGCAGAGUUAAGAUAUGGAGACCUAAAUUUCAGACCCCUUAUCCGGAAAACCCCAGGUCUUAAGCAUUCUGGAUAACAAGUCCCAUACCUCUACAAGAAGUUGUAAAUAUUGGGGUGUCAACAUUUUGGCCCAGGUGGCGGAACUUUUAAUCCUGCUGGAGAGGCAUUACUUAUGCAUACAGUUAUGAGUGAUACAAUUUGCUCUUUACUUGCUGUUAUCAGUGCACACAUAAUGUGUGUCUGCUCAAACUUGUAAUCCUUUUUUACCAUGGUUAACAAGAGUUAAAGGAAAACUAGAGCAAACUAUUUUGUGUAGGAACAGCUUGUAUUAAAAGCAUAGUUUUCCUUUAACAUAGCCAGUAAUGGCAACAUGUAAAUCGAUUUCAGUCCAUCAGAGAGAAGUAACAGUUAUAAAGCCAUUAGGUGCUGCCUUGUAUUCUUACACAAUGCUUUUUCUCUUAACUGCUGCAUUACAAUGUGUUUCUUCUUUGUAAUGCCCAAAUAUGAUAAGUACUUUAUCAUCAAGUGAAAAUCCCCCCCCCCCCACCUGAACAUUCUGACUGUAUUGUGUUUUCUUUUUAUGACAGGUACAAAUUAUUGCUGUAGUUUUUGUCCUCAGAUUCCCUCUAACGGUGCAACCAGUGGAAAUACUGACAUUUCUAUGAAGUCGUGUCAGAAUGACCAAGUCCUUCUAUUCAUAAUAGUGCAGUUUUAAAAUGCCGAUUUAUCAUCAUUUUAUUUCUAGCACAUGUAUUAAUGCUAUGAGGAUGGUAAAGGUUACAGUCUUCAUACUUUGAGGUUCAUAAUUAUGUAAGUAGGCUUUACUGGCCUGACCAUGUUAAUAAAGGGGGUGUCUAAGUUUUGCCCCCCCUCCCCCCACCAGUGAGUUCUCCUUUCCUUCUUCUUUAAUAAUAAGCUCUGCUACAUUUACAUUAUCUGAAAUUGGUCAGGUCCUUCCUCCUUAAAAAUCUUCAUGUACAUCUAAGAGUGCACUGCCUUUGAGAAUUGGGUACUUGAUACACAAUGAGCUCUGCUUCUUUGCGCUUCCUGGGCAGUGUAGUUCACCUGCAUUGAGCCUUGCAAAAGGUUCUCAUAGGGUGUAUAGCAGCCCUAUGCCAUAAAUUAAUCAAUUCUUUUACUGCCCAUUAACCCUUGCUUUCCAAAGAAUCUUAGGGACUGUUACACGAUGGCUGCUAAAAAAUAGAGGUAGAUAGGGUAGAAAACAGUACAUAUAAAGUUUACAAACCACAUGCCUGAAGCUUCCUUCUGACACAUAAACCAAUAAUUGAUCUAUGGACCUGCAAAUGAUCGCUAUCCCUCCUGGAGAAAAGGUCAGGCUAAUGUGAUUGAUGUCCAAGAGAGCUCUGCAGGGCUUCUGUGGCUUGGAUCCCAUUCAGUACUUAAUAGAAGCGUUUGGUGUGUCCCAUGCCCUCGAGUGUCUUCCCUAUCACUGUUCUGCCUCCCAAUGUCUGAGAAAGAAAGAAAAUGACCGUAAUCAUUUUACGUUGUGUCGCAUACGUCAGUAGACUUAUAAUGUGAUCCCUAUCUAAAUCCAGCUCUUCAAUUCUUAUUUCCCAGAUGACCUGCUGACAUCUCUCCUGUCUCCAUUCAUUCCUCAUUUUCUUGAUUUGCUACCAUUUCUUGUGUAGCAAAUCGCCCCAGGAGGAGACAGAUGAGAAAUUUCCUUAUGACAUAUUUACCUCUCAGCACUUCAUAAAGAAUAGUGGAGUUUUUUUUUUUUUUUUAUUUCACUUUAUGACCUACUUGAAAAAUGUGGAUUUAACUGGCUUUAGGGAGGUUAAUUUUUAUAUAUUCCCUGGAAAAUUCCUUACUUGUUUUGCAAUUCUCAGAUUAAAAUAGAGUAGGGGGGCAUUUACCCUACCUAUAGCUUAAUAUAAGAUUGCUUUUUUUUAUGAUAUUGCCAGAUUUCUACUAAUAUUAUGAAAGUGUAACCUGUGUGCCCCCUUCUGUUCAGCCCUUUCAAAAAGCAGGAAGCAUCGCUUUUGCCAUUCUGCCUGGGCCAGGGUGGUGCUUAUGUUACCAGGCCUGGACUAGCAAUCUCUAGAUACUGGCAAAUGCCAGAGAGGCUGCUGUAGGAUUCCACGACAGUCACUUUUAAGUGGACUGGUGAGCUGUUUAGGUCCCUGUGUACUUUAAAUACCAGGGUCUAUUUUGAAUCUCAGUCCAGACUUCGGUUACACCACCAUGAUAUUAGUGUUAACAUAUAUAAACUGCACAAGUGCUCAGUAGAGUCCUCUGAGCAAUAUUACAUGGUUAUAUGACAGUGUAUAUGUCCCUAAAAUGCUAACAUUUUAAAGGUCUGCUAGGCCAUUGUCUGUACAUAUAUAAUUGUAUCUUUGCCGCAGUGUGGACACUAAAAUGGUAUGAGAAAUACAUGCACACUGAGUAUGAAAAGAAACCUUUGUGCUGUGGCAUGCUGGUGGUGUUCUGGGAUUUUAUAGAAGUGUCCAGUAAGUAAUACAGAAAAGAAUGAGACAGAUGUUUCCUUGGCAGAGCAUUCUCUGGUUAUAUUUGUGCCACUAAUGGAUUUGGGAGGCGUAUUGCAGCUUGAUGUUUGUGCACAGAUGCCACUUUCUUUUUUUUUAAUGGGGACAAAAAAAAAAAACCAACAUAGACAUUUUUCGAGUUCCUAAAAGCUUAUGUAUUGCUCUGGUAAGUCCAAGCACGCACUGUUAAAUUCAACCUUCCCUACAAAGCAGAGCAAACUGCAUCUGAUUGCUACAAAUGGCUAGGAGACUGCUCAGGGUUGCUCCAGACUGCAGCACUGCUCAGAAUCCUAUCUUCCACUACCUUUUCUCCAAAAUGCAUUUGUAUGAGACUGAGUUACCCACUUCCCGUUGCUGUGGCAUUUUCCACCUGCUGCCGAGCCUGAAAUCAUUUGUCAGUCAAUGUGACCUCAAUUAUGGCAUAUCUUUAUCAGAGCUUUGUUUUUUUUUGUGUUUUUCUAACUUAUUUCUAAUUGAACUUUUAUGUACCAAAAUGAAUAUAAUAGAAGGUGUACAGUGAAGAUAAGCCAUUCUCUGUCGAGUGCUAGUUCUGAUUUUUAAAAGCCGCUUCUGAUUGCUAUUGAUUUAGAUAUACUUUGCAGUCCUUUUUAACACCACUUUCCAUGCUGUGCAUUUAUUAUGUAUAUAGAGUUAUUGUUGAAUAAAUGAAGAGUAAUAUUUGUUUA